AUGUCUUCAUUGCUGCCUACACCGCUACCUUUUUGGCCAAAGAACACCCCGAAGCCCUCAAAUGACUCGUGGUUGCAAUGGAGGAAGACGCUUGAGGAUUAUAUUGAACUACUCCCGAUUUUGUCACCCACGAUUGUACUAGACGCCCCAUCUAAGUUGAAACUCCUCCGGACGAAUCUCGGAGAGUUGGGACAACGAUAUUUCGAUGCCCUCAAUCUACAAAAGGCUACAGAUCUCCAAACAGCCUUCUCAAAACUCGAGUCAGCGUGGGGAGGAAAGGACAACGUCUUUCUCAGUCGCUAUCGGUUUUGUCAAAUGCGUCAAGAAUCCAAUCAAUGUGUCAGUGAUUUUAUUAGACAUUUAACUACUGCCCCGUACCACGCUGCUUCAAAUGGCCUCGCAGAGCGUGCAGUCCAGACAAUAAAGCACGGAAUAGCCAGACAGACAGAAUCGGACUUGACCACCAAGUUGUCACGCUUUCUGUUCAGCUAUCGCAUAACACCGAACGACUCAACGGGUGCUUCGCCUGCAGAAUUGAUGUUCAAGCGGCAGUUGCGCACACGACUCGACCUGCUUAAUCCAUCAACGCAGGAUAGAGUCAUUGCAAAACAGACGAAGAUGAAAGAACGAUAUGAUGUGAGCACCCGACCACGAGUCGUCGCGCCCAACGAAAGUGUCUACACGCGACUGGAACACGAAACGAACUGGUGUCCAGCGGUAGUUCGAAAAAGCGAGGGUCAAAUAGUGGAAUUAGAGUUAGAAGGUGGGAGAAUUGUGCGUCGACAUCUGGACCAAGUUCGCAGCCGAACGGACACAGUAAGUGGAGAAUUCGGAGAGUUAGAACUGCCAGCAAUCCUUGAUAGGGAUCCUGACAUCCCGAGGACUGAGCCCCUUCUUCCUGCACAGGGCACUACGCCAUCCACCGAGGCUUAUAUUCCACCUCCUUCUACCCCGGCCAGCACUAGCUUAGGGGCAGAGGAGCCAGUGACUGCACAAAGCGGCGCAGAGGUAGAAAAUACCGCCCUGAGAAGAUCGACCCGAAACCGCAAACCUGUCCAACGCUUUCAGGACGAAUCUUAUUAG